AUUGUAGGCAGCACAUGCAGAGCACACUGCACACAGCGAGCUCAGGCAGAGCACAGUGCACAAAGCAGCACAUGCAGAGCGCAGUGCACACCCACAGGACAGCGCUGUCAGCUGGUGCAGUCACGUGGUGGGGGUGGAAGGUCGCCGCUCACAAUGGAGCUGUCGGAGGACCUGCAGAGGGGUUUGCACCGCUUAGCGGACUCGGCCCGCUUUAGCCCCGGAGCCUUUAGCGCUCUCCUCCGGGCGGCCUUCCAGAGCCUGAGCCCGGGUCCAGCCGCAGGAUCCGCCUUAGAUGAUAAAGCGCUUCAGCACCUUGCCCCAUCCCAAAUAAAAGAGUGUCAGGCUGCAGCCACGACGUGCAUACUGGAAGCUGUGAAGCAUAAUGCAGACAGAGCUGCUUUGAGCACUUUUCUGGAAGACUGUAAAUUCGAUGAAGAACGGAUUGAAUGUUUCUGGAUAGAAUACCAGAAACACAAAGAGUCUUUGGAAACCCUGCUAGAAAAAACACGGAUCCCAGCCAGGACCAAGAUAUUAGUUUUAAUUGCUCAAUAGAACAAUUACAGACUAUUCUUUCCCCCUUGUACUGCAACCAUGCAUCGCACAACUAGGAUUAAAAUCACCGAGCUAAACCCCCACCUAAUGUGUGUGCUCUGUGGUGGAUACUUCAUAGAUGCUACGACUAUCAUUGAGUGUCUCCAUUCCUUCUGUAAAACCUGCAUUGUUCGCUAUUUGGAGACCAGCAAAUACUGCCCUAUCUGUGAUGUCCAAGUGCACAAAACGAGACCCCUGCUGAAUAUAAGGGCAGACAAAACUCUUCAAGAUAUUGUGUACAAGCUGGUGCCUGGCCUUUUUAAAAAUGAAAUGAAACGAAGACGAGAUUUUUAUGCAGAUCAUCCUUCUGCAGAUGCGUCAAAUGGCUCUAAUGAAGACAGAGGAGAGGUUGCAGAUGAGGACAAGAGGAUAAUUACAGAUGAUGAGAUUAUCAGUUUAUCCAUUGAGUUCUUUGAGCAGAACAGGGUGGAUCGUAAAGGAAACCGAGAGAAAGAUAAAUCAAAGGAAGAGGCUAAUGACAAGAGGUACCUGCGUUGCCCCGCUGCAAUGACAGUGAUGCAUCUCCGCAAGUUUCUAAGAAGCAAAAUGGAUAUACCUAGUAACUUCCAGAUCGACGUAAUGUAUGAAGAGGAACCCCUAAAAGACUAUUACACCUUAAUGGACAUUGCUUACAUCUAUACAUGGAGAAGGAAUGGUCCGCUUCCAUUGAAGUACCGGGUGAGACCCACUUGCAAGAGGAUGAAGAUCAGCCACCCUACCGGCAGAAUGAAUAACAUGAGUGGGGACUUGGAAAGUGACUCUGGUAGUGAUAAAGCAGGGAGCCCAGCAGGGGGGCCUUCCACUUCCUCCUGUAUGCCAAGCCCUAACACCCCUGUGCAGUCUCCACACCCACAGUUUCCUCAUAUCUCCACUACCAUGAAUGGGACCAGCUCCACUUCCAACAGCAGCCACCAGAACCCUUUCACCAACAGAGUAAGGAAGAUGUCAUUAAAUGGAUCUUCUGCUACAUCAUCCGGGUGAAAAGGCAACUGAAACGCUAGAGCAAACUCGAUUUCUAGAUGUAGCCAUUGCCAUUGCAAGCUUUGUAGAUGCUAAUACUUGUGACUUCGUCCAAAUUGCUUAAUUUGUAGUGAAAACUCUACAUGGCCAUGGCAGGGUGACCUUCUACUUGGAUAGUUUGGUGGAAUCAAGAAAAACGAUAAUUGUAUUUUAUUCAUAUUCAUUGGAAAUUCGGAGCCUGGUAAUGGGGACAUGCUGGAUAUAUUGGAACAUAAAAUAAAUGGAUAUAAUAAAUGGAUAUAAAUUCAGCCACAAACACAAGGUAGAAAGGGAUUCCUCAAAGGCUGGAGUAGACCUUUAUGGAUAUACAGUAUGUUGCCACUGGACCUAUGGCUUAUUUUUCCUGCUUUGAGAUUUGGUUGGAUUGUUGUGGAUGGACGUUCAAGUGUUGGGAAACUGUUUAUAUACUCUGGAUUGAGGAUUAGUAAAAAAACAAACAAACAUUUGGACGCUUUAUAAUGACUAGUGAAAACAGUCUAUCCAUUGCCUUUGGAUUGGGGUGACCUUGGAUAUAUCUUUAUCUCCAGACAAACUGCUUCACCACAAUAUUUCUUGUCAAAUAGCGUUUUGUGGACUGUAAGAGAGUGCCCUAUCAUCUUCUCAAAUCCAAGUGCUUUAUCAUUUAACUAAAAGUAAAAUACAUAGACUUCUCUAUGUAGCCAUUUCACUGUGAAUAGUGAUUUAUUGCUUUAUCUUUCAUGAUUUAAGUUCUUUUUUUUUUUUUUUUUUUCAUUGUUGUAAGACUUAUUUGUAAACCUUUAUUACUUUUUUUUUUUUCUUCCCUUCACCCAUCUGGCAACAAAGCUAGUUCACAUGUUGCUGCACAGAAUCGAUCAAAAGUUAAAGUUUCAAUAUAUAUAUAUUUUUUUUCUUACAAUCUUUUGUCUAAAAGCGGGUAUUACCGUUUAUUUUACUGACUUGUUUAAGUGAUUCGCUUUUGUAAGAAUCAUUUGGCAUUAUGCUGGUUGUAAAAUGCCAUAUUGGUAUAUGACAUAACAGGAAGACAGUAUUGUAUGAUAUAUUUAUAAAUACUAUAAUGAAGAUUGUGUUUCCUGCAUUCAGAAAUGAUUUUAAACUUUUUUUUUUUUACCCCACCCCAAUGAUAUUCUGUUGCCCAGCUGCAAAUAGCUCAGGCCUUAGCAUCCUAAGAAGAGCAUGGUAUAUUUUAUACUCUUUCACGUCUAUCCUAAAGCCAUGCUAUAAGUGGUACUGCAUUUUUUUUUUUUUUAAUAUAUAUAUUUUAGUAUGGUCUAUAGAGGAUUUUUGGUGGUGGUCUGUGAGAGGAAGGGGG